AUGAAUCGUGAUGCGAAACGAGAUGUACAUGUCCAAAAGUGUAUUCUUACUUUAGCGCGUCAAUUAUGGCCUGACGUUAUCGAGUGCAUAGAAUGGCGAAUGAGGCACUUCGAACAGUUGGCAGAGGAUUCUCCCAGGGAGGAAUUGACAUUUGAAAACUCAGAAAUGUACAUUUCUAGAGAGGAUUAUUCUGAAGAAACGAUGACUGAAAGUGGGGUCGACUGCAACGAAAUUCUGAAUGAAGGAUCUGAACGAGAGUUAGAAGUACCAGGCGAAGAAAUUAAAGAAGUCUGUGUGAAGUAUAUCUCACAGGAAGACUACAAUGAAAUUUUCACUGAGGAAGAGGAAGAAGGAGCAUCAAAUGAAGUACCUGAGAAUGGUGUAAUAUAUCACGAGACACAGGAGCGGAUAGGGAAAAAGAAUAAUUAUGAAUUAGAAGGCGAAGGUCUUGAAGUUAUUGAGAAUAAUGUCCAUGAAGACGAAAUUCACAAAGGAAAGGAAAAGUCGGAGUACAUCGAAGUUGAAGCCAGGGAAGCGAUAUCCGAUGUGAAUGAAAAGUUGUUCAAUCAGAAAAAAUGCGAAAAGAUUCGAGAAGUAUGUCUUAAAGAGGUACUUGCUUGUGACAGAGAAUGUGAUGAAGUGAACCCAGAAGAAUCAUGCUUAGAAGAGCCUGAAAAAGAAUGUGCUGAAUACGAGGACUAUACUGCAACUUCUAAUGUGGAAAUCGAAGUCACUGCCUAUUUAGAAGGAGUAGAUGGAGAAUAUUUUCAAAUUGAGGGACAAGAUGAACCAGUGGAAGAAUCGGGAAAGUUAGAAGAACUCGCUGACUCCUCUAACGAACUGGGUGAAGAGUAUACGAAUAAUGUUGACGAAAACGUAGAAGGUCUGGUUAAAGAAAAAUAUGAUUACAAAAUUGUGAAAACUGAAGAAGAAUACGAAAGGCAGGAUGAAGAUGAUAAAUUUUUAGAGACGUCUGCAAAUGAAGAAGUUUUUGAAGGAGCCAAAGUUCAUGAUGAGUGUGAUAAAGAAAAUCAGAAUCCUGAAGGCAAACUAUUUGAAGAAGACUAUGUUGCAAAUGAAGAGAAUAAAGAUCGUAAUCAUCUUCAAGAGGUAGAGGAAAUCCACGACCAAGCUCCAGAGCAGUACGCUCAAAAUAACGAUUCGAAACUGGAAUAUGCUAGUAUUAACAUGCAUGCAUUUACCGAAAAAGAUGAAAUUUUUCCCAGUGAGGCUCAGUCCCAUUACAAGGAAGAACAGCCAAAGUGUCAACUUAAAGACGAAAGCAGAAGUCAACUUAAUGCGGAAGUUUGCCUUCAAAUACCAGCAUCUGAUAUUGAGUGUCUCUUAAUGCUAGCAAGGGAGGUCUGUCCCGAAAUUCAGCUCCAACUUGGCUGUAGGAAAAUUCUAAAAUGA